AUGACCGAACCCACCAUAGAUUUCCAUAUACAAACGCAUCAACCUCAAUUCAACAUACCUAUCCAACUAAUUAAGAAGAAUUUCAAACUGAUUCAAAAACUUAUUGAAAAGCAAAAAAAACAAACUGGUGACGAAAUAGCCAAGAUCAAGAAGAAUGUCAACUUGCCAAAAAAGAUUCAACUUGAAAUGAUACGGAAGCUGAUUAGCAGCUUUGAAACGUUUCAGAAAAAACUACAGACUUUGAUAAAAAAGGAUGAAGAGUAUAGAUCACGCUUGGUUGCACGAUUGGAGAAUAUACUGCAGUUGAGCAAGUAUACAGAUGCCCAAGACAUGCUCAAUUUUCACAAUCCAAAUUUGAUCAACUGGUAUCGAAAUGAGACCAAUUUGCUCAUUGUUGAUUAUCUAAUCAAGUCCAACACCCAUGAAGAGAAUCUUGGUAAUAAAUUGCUUGAAUCGUUGGCUAAAACUAAUCCCAAGAUCAGCAAACUUAUCGACCAUGAUUUGUAUCUCGAUUACAAUAAAGUCUACCUAUCAAUUACAAAGGCUCAUGAUUUAUCGUUGAUUAUCCACUGGUUUAAUGACAACAAGUCCUCACUCAAAAAGAUUCAUUCCAACCUAGAAUUUGAAAUCAAUUAUUGCAAGUACCUAACCUUGAUUGAGAGUGGUGAUGUUAAUGAAGCAAUAAAGUUUUCACAGGAUAAUUUGUCAAGUUACGGCAACAAGGAAAACUAUUCCGUUGAAGAAAUGGGAAAUUACAAGCACAAUCUGGAACGAUUGAAAGGAUUGGGUGGAUUAUUGGUCUAUCGAUCAAUGGACAACUCAUUCCCCAAUAUGUUAUUUUCAAACAAGUUGAUGUUUCAAUCACAACCGUAUCGCGAAUAUGAAAAGCUACUUUCCAAUGAACGGUGGGAAAACCUUGGACGCUGUUUUAUUGACAAUUUCAUAAAGCUUUUUGGGAUAACGACAAACUAUCCAUUAUUUGUUUAUUUGUCAGCUGGGUUAUCCGGCUUGAAAACAAAGUCAUGUUAUCACAACACUGAAAAUACAGUAUUCAAAGAGGCUACACCAUUGGAGACGACUCCGGUACUCCCCACUCUUAUAACACCAGCAAAUUUUACUUCAUAUACGGCUCCCGUAACUCCAUUGACGGUACGAAAAUACAGAGGUCCCGAUUACUACUACAGACUCCUCCACAAAGUCAACAACUGCCCCGUUUGCUCACCAGAAAUGUUUCAACUAAGUAGGAAUCUUCCGUUUGCGCAAUUAAUCACCAGCAUCUUCAAUAACCCCUUCCGUUUGCCUAAUGGGAACAUUUACCAAUUUGAUAAGCUAUUGUCUCUGGGAGAGUUACUACCAGAGCGGAGCACUUUAUUACGUCAAGGACAGGUCAAAGAUCCAUUAACCCACGAGGUAUUCUUUAUAGAUAACUGUAUACGAGUGUUUCCUGCUUGA